AUGUCAAUCAGCGAUAAUUCCUUUUCAAUGUCGACCAUGUUCGAUGCUUUGCAAAAUAUCCGUUUCUCUAAAGGAAUCUCCGGCUCCAUUCCUCCUCCGGGUUUCACUCCACGCGCCUCCGCCGUAUCAAACACGCGCUUGAGCCCGCUGUUCAACAUAAUGACUAGCGGCGAAGGUGUGGCAGCGCAGUUCAAAGAGAUGAUCUCAAGUUUAGACCGAAGGCACCUUCACAUGAUGGUGUCGUUGCUGACGUCAGACGCCGAUUACUUCAUGGAGAUCGUCAGAAACAAGUACGGCUCGAGACGCGUGCAGAAGCUCCUCGGGAUAUCUGAUGACGUGGACGCGUUCUUCUACGCCGUUAUCCUGCGCCGUUUCCUCCACAUCAUGACCGACAAGUACGCAUCCUACGUGGCGACACGAGCCAUGGUCGUUUUCGAGCGGGAGAAGAAGAAGGCAAUGUACGAGCACAUUCUACAUUACGCGCUCGACAUUGCGCGUGAUAAACACGGCUGCAUCGCGCUCAACGAGGUCAUAACCGAUGUGGAUGAUCCUUACUACAGGAACCAGAUGCUAGACGUAGUCGCGCACAACGCUCUCUUCCUAAGCAACGAUGCCUCAGGGAACUUCGUGGUCCAACACGUUCUCAAACUGUAUGACAUGCGUUGCACGCACAACGUCGCCGUUAGUCUUCGUGGACAUUGCGUUGAUCUUUCGCUCAAGAAGUACGGAAGCUACAUCGUAGAGAAGCUUCUGGAGGCGGAGGAGACGAUGGAUGUGGUGGUUGUGGAGCUUUUGGAGUGCGAAAGAGACAAGCUGAGGAGGCUGGGGAGGGAUGAGUUUGGGAGUUUCGUGGUGGUCAAGGCACUGAGAGUCACGCAGAAGAAUAGGAUCGAUCUGUUUUGGGAUUUGGUGGAGAAGCUCAUGCCUCUUCUUGACUUUUUCCGUAGGUCUCACGGAAGUAGCAUUGCAAACAUUUUGGAGUCAUGUUCUAUAAGUACGAGACGCUUCAAUUAA